AUGCACUGGCAGUAUUCUGGGUCCGUCACGAAGUCAACUGGGGAACUCCAGCGUCUCGUCGAUGAUGUCCUCCUCGACCCGCGUUUCGAGAAGGACGACUUGACUGGGUUCAACGCUACUCGAGAAAAGCGGCGCCUCGACAACCAUCAAAGCACGCUGGGUGCCUUCUCGGUGGACGACGGGUGGCGCGAGAUCGACAUAGAACUACACCUUCCGAAGGAACGUGUGCAACACGAGGACGAGAGGACCACGGAGUCAUUCUUUGUACGUGGCAUCUGGGCGCGCAAAUUCACGGAAGUCAUCAAAGCCGCUAUACGGGAUCCUGUCGCGCGAAAAUAUCACUGGGUUCCACACCAACUCUUCCGCCGCCGCUCUGCUGACCAGCCCCCCGAGCGCAUUUACUCCGAAGUGUACAACUCCGACGCCAUGCUUGAGGAGCACCAAAAGCUUCAGAACAAGCCGCGCAAUCCAGACGAUGGCCCAGACAUCGAAUAUGCUGUGUGCGCCCUCACUGUGUACUCCGACUCUACGCAUUUGGCGCAGUUCGGCACCGCAUCCCUUUGGCCGAUUCAUACGUUCAUUGCGAACUUGUCCAAGUAUUUCCGGCUCAAGCCCACAAUGUUUGCGGCUCACCAUCUGGCUUAUGUUCCUCCUCUCCCCCCCGCUCUGUUUGAGUGGUACAAGGACCUGUACGACGCCCCACCUUCCGCGGCCGUGAUCCGGCUGCUCAAACACGAUCUGAUGCAGAAGAUUUGGCUGGCCCUGCUGGACGCCGAUUUCAUGCACGCGUUCGAACAUGGCAUCCUCAUCGAGUGCGCCGACGGCAUCGUACGGCGUAUAUUUCCACGGAUUUUCCUGUAUUCUGCGGAUUACCCUGAAAAAUGUCUGGUUGCAUGUCUGAAAUUCCUCGGGAAAUGCGCUUGCCCGGAGUGCCUCAUCGAAAAGAAGGACUUCGGAAUGAUGGGCACCAAGACAGAUCUCAAGCACCGCGUCACAAAAAAGCGCGAGGACACCGGGUUCCUGCGCGCUGCGAUUGCCAAAGCCCGCGAAUGGAUCUUUGGUCUCGGACGCGCUCCCGACGGUACUAACAUCAAGGCGACGCUUCUCAACAAAGUGUCUGUCACGCCGACGAGGUCCGCAUUCUCCAUCCGUUUCGCCAAAUUCGGAAAGAACGUCUAUGAUCUGUUCACGCCGGACUUGAUGCACGAGUUUGAACUGGGCGUGUGGAAGUCAACGUUCACACACUUGGUUCGGAUUCUGAUGGCUGCUGGCAAUGACGCGGUUCAGGAACUUGAUCGGCGCUUCUCACUCAUACGGCCAUUUGGACGCGGUGUCAUCCGCCCAUUCAAUGGCAAUGUGUCUGCCAUGAAGAAGCUUGCGGCUAGGGACUUCGAGCAGAUACUACAGGUUGUUCGGUGCGCAAUGCCUGUUUUCGAAGGCCUGCUCCCUGAGCCGUACAAUAGUCUCAUCCUCGACCUCAUUUUUGAGCUGAGCAUGUGGCACGCGUUUGCCAAACUCUCACUGCACACAGAUACGACUCUCAGCAAAUUCCAAGCCGUCACGGUGUCCCUUGGGAAGGCGAUGCGUGCCUUCGUUAGUAGGGUCUGCCCCUUCUUCGACACGAAGGAGCUCCCGAGAGAGACUCAGUCCCGUCAACGUCGCAAAGCCGCGUCUGCGCAGAACGUCCCAGGAGGUCGAGCCGCUCCCUCUGAGGACGACUCAUCCCCCAAGAUCAAGUCGUUCAACGUCAACACGAUUAAAUAUCAUCGUCUCGGCGAUUACGUCCGCAUGGUUCGACAGACCGGCACGUCGGACAAUUCAAACACUCAGACGGGCGAAUUAGAGCAUCGGCGACUGAAGAGCUUCUAUAAGCGCACUAAUAAGAAUCUUACAUUCGGUUCUCAGGUGGCCGCGGAGGUACGGCGACAGGCCGUUCUCGACAGGAUUCACCGCGGUAUCCCGGUGUCGUCUACGCGACGCAGAACCCGAGCUACACCCACAACCAAAACCAGGCGUCGACAUGACAUUCGCGUCCAAUUCGAAGAGGACCAGCCGCUCUCGGCGACUGUGUUCACCGACCAUCACCAUAUGUCUAUAGAGCAGCGCUACCCUCAAGAUAUAGGCGAGUUUCUGCACGCUAACGCUGGGGAUCCAGCAUGCAAGGACUUCGUAAAAAACCUCAAGACACAUCUUUUCGCCUGCAUGUCUGGUGGCGACGGCGCGCUCACCAUGGACCAACCCAUCGCAAACGCAGAUCUCGCCCGUGUUCGCAUCUGCGGCAAUCGGCUGUACCGCCAGAAGGUGUUCCGGGUCAACUACACGACAUACGACAUGCGUCGCGCCCAGGACUCAAUCAAUCCACGGACGCACCCCGACAUUAUGAUGGUCGCACCUGAGGACAGCGCACACCCAUACUUAUAUGCACGCGUCAUCGGCCUCUUCCACGUUAACGCUUACCUAGCCGGCAGUGACAGUUUGGGCGCAGACGACACACAACCAAGGCCAUAUCAGCUCCUAUGGGUACGUUGGUUUGACUUCGACACUCAAGCACCUGGCAUCAAGUCGCGACGUUUGCCACGACUCAAAUGGGCUCGUGCGGACGAUGAGCCAUUUGGUUUCCUCAAUCCCCGCCAGGUUCUCCGUGCAGCGCAGCUCAUACCCGCCUUCCACUACGGUCAGUCGGACACAGCCCUGCCCGGCCCCAGUAUCGCCCGACAGGUGGAUGAGGACGACGUCGACUGGAAUUUCCACUAUGUUGGCAUUUUCGCUAACCGGGACAUGGUGAUGCGCCAUGUCGGGGAUGGUGUCGGACACCAGCAUACUGCUACCAAUCAAGUCCCACCUCCUGCCGCUGAGGGCGACCCGGAUGAAGAGCUCAACAUGGACGGACCUCAAGCGGACGAAGACAACAUCAUGGAACCGGACGCUCCGGAAGAUCAUGAGAUGGCCGACGAUUACGAUGGUGUCGACUCGGAGAUCGACCACGACGAGGAGGAAGCAAGUACGGGAGGCAGCGAGGAUGAUGACGAUGGUGAGCAGUUGUAUGAUGAUGAAGACCUGGGUCCGGAAGACGGGGAGGACCACUGUCAGGCAUCGGACGAUUACGAGUACGCCCGUCUGGGCUAUGCACCCUUGUAG